ACGAGAGAAGAAGAGCGCUUCUUCUUCUUCCUCCCAAAUUCUUUGACGAGAAAAAAAAGAGAGGCGAAACCCAACCCUAUUGGAGGGCCUCAUGGAGGAGGACGCGGAGGGGAUGGACCGGUUCGACAUGGACGGGGACUUCGAGGGCGGGCAGUUCGGCCGCGACGGGGAGUUCUACUACCGGAGCCGCCGGGAGCGGGCGCCGCAGACCCGCGACGACGCCAUCUACGGGGUCUUCGCGGAGGGCGACUCCGACUACGACUCCGACGACGACGAAGGGUCCCGCCGCCGGAGCCGCCGCAAGCGCCGCAGGGACGGCGCCGAGCCCGACCUCACCAAGCCCGUCCAGUUCGUCUCCACCGGCAACUUCAUGCCCACCCAGGAGCCCGAGCCCGAUCAGAGGCCCGGCCUCGGGCGCGCCGAUGCCGAUGCCGAGGAAGAGGCGGAGGCGGAGGAGGAGGAGGACACCGAGAUGCUGCCGUCGAUGUUCGGCAAGAUCAAGGAGGGCGCCCGCGCGAGGCGGGAUGAGAAGGAGAGGGAGCGCGUCGCCGCUGAGCGCCGCCGCCAGGUUGCGCGGGUGGGAGCGGUGUCGGGGGAACCGGCGGCGGCCCCGGGGAGCCUGCAGGCCAACUCCGUGGUGGCCAAGAUGAUGGCAAAUAUGGGGUACAAGAAAGGCAGGGGCCUCGGCAAGGACGCACAGGGUAUCACCGCACCGCUGGAGACCACCUUGCGCCCGAAAAACGCUGGCCUCGGCAGCGUCGAGGGGUUCAAGGAACCCAAGCCCAUGUCAGCUAAGGAGAACUUGCCGGCCCCUCGGCCGCUGGCAUAUACCAAGAAGGAGCAGCGGUGGUCCAAGAAGGCCAGCGCGAAGAAAGCUCCAGUCUUGACCAAGAAUGAGCUGCUGGCCAUGCGUGCCGAGCAGGAGCAGGAGGAGCAGCCUGCAGUUGUCCAGAAGGUGAUUGACAUGCGAGGGCCGCAGGCACGUGUGCUGACGGAUUUGAAAGGGCUCAACGAUGAACAGGAGAUGAUGGCGAAUGAUGUGCCGAUGCCAGAGCUGCAGUACAAUGUGUGGCUGCUCGUUGAUGCGGCUAGGGCCGAUAUUGUGAGGUUGGAUGGGCAGCUGCGGCGGGAGCAGGAGAAGGUGGCUAGUUUGGUACGGGAGAAGGAAAAGGUGUCGAAGCAGGAGGCAUUGCAGAAACACCAGCUGCAGGUGAUGGAGAGGAUUGCAGAAACAUUAGAGCAGGUCCGGGUGGAUGAUACAGCAGGCAUGCUGACUCUGGAUGGGUUGCUUCAGACAUUCCAGGGCUUGAAAGUGCGGUUCGAGGAGGAGUUCAAGAUGUGCAGCAUUGCGUGGAUUGCUUGCCAAUUCGCGCAUCCACUUCUAAUCCGGGUCUUCCAGGGGUGGCAGCCUCUGCAGGAUCCAAAGUUUGGGUUAGACGUCAUGAAGAAGUGGAAGGAUUUGCUGCAGGGGGACCAACCAUAUGGCUUCUCAGAUGGUGCUGCAUCAAUGGCACCAUAUGCACAGCUUGUUAGUGAGGUCAUCCUACCAGCUGUGAGGAUAUCAGGAACCAAUUCAUGGGAGGCUAGGGUUCCAGAACCAAUGCUCCGCUUUCUUGAGUUAUGGGAACAGCUGCUGCCUCCUAUCUUGCUUCAAUCAAUACUAGACCAUGUAAUCAUGCCAAAGCUCUCAGCUGCUGUGGAUUCUUGGGACCCACGCAAGGAGAGUGUACCAAUCCAUGUGUGGGUACACCCAUGGUUGCUAAUGUUAGGGGAAAGGAUAGAGACCUUGUGCCAUUCUAUUCGAUACAAACUGAGCACUGUCCUCCACGUAUGGCAAGCACAUGAUAUGUCAGCUUAUACUGUGUUGUCUCCAUGGAAGGGUGUGUUUGAUUCGGCAAGCUGGGAAGACCUGAUUGUGCGUUAUAUCAUUCCUAAACUGAGAUUAGCAUUGCAAGAGUUUCAGAUCAACCCAGCAAACCAGAAGCUCGAUCAGUUCAACUGGGUGAUGAUGUGGGCAUCUGCAAUCCCAGUACACCACAUGGUCCAUAUGUUGGAAGUUGAUUUCUUCAGCAAGUGGCAGCAGGUCCUGUACCAUUGGUUGUGCUCACCAAAUCCAGAUUUCAAUGAGAUAAUGAACUGGUAUAAGGGCUGGAAGGGCCUUUUUCCACCAGAGUUACUCGCCAAUGAGCGCAUUCGGAUGCUUCUAACUGCUGGUCUUGACAUGAUGAAUCAAGCUGCUGAAGGACUAGAGGUGGUGCAGCCUGGGGCUAGGGAGAAUGUGGGCUACUUGAGAGCAACUGAGAAGCGACAGUUUGAUGCAGCACAGCAAGCUUACCAUGCUGUGCCAGGGGCAGCCAUGGCAGAUUUGAGCUUCAAGGAGUCUAUCCAGGCAUAUGCAAUGGAGCAAGGUUUGCUGUUUAUGCCUAGAGUUGGCAAAUUCUACAAUGGCAUGCCGGUUUAUGAGUUUGGCACCGUAAGUAUUUGCAUAGACUCUGCGAAGCGACUACUCUAUGCACAACUUCAAGAGAGAAUCGAGAGCUGGGGUGCUGUAACUCUUACGCAAUUGAUGGAAAUGAACCGGUUGGGUAGAGCACGCUAGUAGAUCACCUUGGCGUGGAGUUUUAUGAUAUUUUAUAUUUUCUUACUUGUGUAAAACUCUUCAGAGAUGUCAAUUCGUGACCUCUUUUUUGAGCAAUCAGUCUGUUAAAGAGGGGGGGGGGGGGGGUGGAUUAUGUAUAUCUGAAUGGGCUGGACAGCUGCUGUGCUGUCUCAGUACGUUGCUGGUAUUUAUGCAGCUGCGACUUGUAACUAUACUACGAAAACUUCUGGUUGUGCACUGGAAUGUGUUUGUUUUUGGGAUGUUUUA